AUGAGGAAGCCAAAGCCGCUGACCGUUGUCAUUAAGCUGGGGACGAGCUCAAUUGUCGACGAAAACACCCAUGAACCUCUGCUUCCGAUUCUGACCUUGAUUGUGGACACGGCAGUCAAGUUAAGGAAGGAUGGCCACAGAGUGGUCAUUGUCUCUUCAGGAGCCAUUGGCGUCGGUCUUCGCCGCAUGGACGUAGCAAAGCGUCCCAAGCAUUUGGCUCAGCUACAGGCAUUGGCAGCAAUCGGUCAGUGCCGGUUGAUUAGUCUCUGGGAUAGCUUGUUUGCUCAUCUGGCACAGCCAGUGGCCCAGAUUCUACUUACGCGAAAUGACAUUGCUGAUCGGACGCGAUACCUCAAUGCCCAAAGCACAUUCAACGAAUUAUUAGACAUGGGAGUCAUCCCCAUUGUAAACGAAAACGAUACCCUGGCAGUUUCCGAAAUCAAAUUUGGCGAUAAUGAUACCCUUUCAGCGAUUACUUCGGCUAUGAUACAUGCAGAUCUCUUAUUUCUCAUGACGGAUGUCGACUGUUUAUACGACAAGAACCCGAGAAGCAACCCCGAUGCAAAGCCCAUCGAAAUUGUCGAGGAUAUUUCGGCCCUUGAGGCGGAUGUCUCGAGCGCUGGCUCAGCACUAGGUACUGGAGGUAUGAGCACCAAGAUCAUCGCCGCACGACUCGGCACAUCGGCGGGCGUGACGACAAUCAUCACUAGAUCGUCAAAUCCCGGCAACAUCCUGAGCAUCGUGCGUUACCUCCACCAGUCUCAGCCUUCGAGAUCGGCGUCGUCCGUGUCGCUCAAUCUCAUUGCUGCAUCGGAAAAUACAGCGACAAGACCGGCUCCGCCAUUGCACACAAGAUUUCUGCCUUCAACCGAGCCGAUUCGAGACCGCCACUUUUGGCUCCUCCAUACCCCCAACCCCCAUGGCACGCUGUAUAUCGACGAAGGCGCCCACAAAGCGCUCCUUACCAAGGCUGGUUUGCUUCCCGUCGGUGUAGUUGAAGUCGAGGGGAAUUUCGCCCAGCAAGAAGUCGUCCGCCUCGUCGUUGUCACCCGACGAUCAACUCCCGGCCCAGAUGGAAAGCGUUGGGAGGGUUUGGGACUGGAAGUUGGACGUGCUCUCGUCAACUAUGCCGCCCCCGAAAUCUCUAGGAUCAUGGGCCAUCAGAGCACGGAGAUUCGAGGCAUUUUGGGCUAUGCGGAUAGUGAAUAUGUUGCGCACCGUUCACACAUUGGCAUUUUCAGGGCAGAGAGCAGGUCUGCGACUCCGACGAGGGACUUGCGCUAG